UGUGGGCUGGAGCGGUCCUGCAGCGGUACCAGCCUCCAGCCUGUCGCCGGGACUGCCCCUGACCCAGGCGCGCCCGCUGCUCGGUGGCAGGAGGGCCGGCGGAGCGCCAUGGCCUGCAUCCUGAAGAGAAAGUCUGUGAUUGCAGUGAGCUUCAUAGCAGCAUUCCUGUUCCUGCUGGUGGUGCGCCUUGUAAAUGAAGUGAAUUUCCCAUUGCUACUAAACUGCUUUGGACAACCUGGUGCGAAAUGGAUACCAUUCUCCUAUACAUACAGGCGGCCCCUUCGAACUCACUAUGGAUACAUAAAUGUGAGGACGCAAGAGCCUUUGCAACUGGACUGUAAUCUUUGUGCCAUUGUGUCAAACUCAGGUCAGAUGGUCGGCCAGAAGGUAGGGAACGAGAUAGAUCAGUCAUCCUGCAUUUGGAGAAUGAACAAUGCACCCACCAAAGGCUAUGAAGAGGAUGUUGGCCGCAUGACAAUGAUUCGCGUUGUAUCCCAUACCAGCGUUCCUCUUUUGCUGAAAAACCCUGAUUAUUUUUUCAAGGAAGCAAACACUACUAUUUAUGUUAUUUGGGGCCCUUUCCGCAAUAUGAGGAAAGAUGGCAAUGGCAUUGUGUACAACAUGUUGAAAAAGACUGUUGACAUCUAUCCCAAUGCCCAAAUUUAUGUGACCACAGAGAAGCGCAUGAGUUACUGUGAUGGAGUGUUUAAGAAGGAAACUGGGAAAGACAGAGUCCAGUCUGGCUCUUACCUCAGCACGGGGUGGUUCACCUUCAUUCUGGCCAUGGAUGCCUGUUACGGCAUUCACGUCUACGGGAUGAUAAAUGACACCUACUGCAAGACAGAAGGGUAUAGAAAAGUCCCCUACCAUUACUAUGAACAAGGAAGAGAUGAAUGUGAUGAAUAUUUUCUUCAUGAACAUGCCCCAUAUGGGGGGCAUAGGUUUAUCACUGAAAAGAAAGUGUUUGCUAAAUGGGCCAAGAAACACAGGAUAAUAUUUACACACCCAAACUGGACAGUGUCUUGAUGUUGGCUUUUCUGACCUUGCCACACCACUUGACAUGAUCAUGAUGCUGAGAUUGUGAUGUUAAUGAUGCUAAUGCUGAUGAUGGUGAUGAUAAAGACAACAACGAUGAUCAAGUUUCUGUACAUUCUCAGAUAUGGAUGGUGAUUCUACCUGUAAUCUGAACUUGGGAUUUUGUGGAGGCUGGUUGUGCUCAUUAUGUUCUUUCUGAAGGUUCAACAUUACAUAUUGCACUUUAUAAUUUAACUGGAAUUGAAAUGAAGGCCAGUAAUAUGACAACAGUGACCUAAGAAAUUGGAAGAUUAUCCUUCAAGAUAGCUGCCCAGGAUUCUUGGAUGGUGAAUAACUUCCAAAAUCCCUGGGAUUUGACCUCAUGAGGCAAGGUUACUGACUCUGGUCUCUUGAGCCUGAGCAGCUCCACCAUCUUGAAGAAUGGUUGAUUGUCAAACACUGACCCAUGAAAUACUCUCUGGGUAAACUUGCCACAGUGACAGUUUGGCCUUGGGGCAGGGAAGAAACCUCUGUCUGACUUACCAUCUUCCUACAGUACCUCCAACAGAUAAAGCCUCAGGCCAUUUCCUUAUUAACGAGGAAGAUACCAUGGACACCCUACCCAUCAGGAUUACUUGACUAUCUCAAACACUUCAUUCAGAAUGGGCCAACUAGCUCCAUUCUUACUACCUGCCCCCCCAAAUAUAACUAAACAUAUUACUAGAAUGAUCUGUAUUAAUGUUUAGUUAUUUUUGGUCAAGUCCUAAAUAUUUCAGAAAGCUAUUUAACAUAUAAUAUACCAACACUGUAAUAACAUAUACUGUGAAAACAUUCUUAAAACAUAACCAAAAGGGUUUCCUAACUCUACUACAACAUCCAACAACGCAAAAUUUGAUGCUUUUGAAAAUCAUGAAACAGGGAAAGCAAAGCAUAUUUUUACAUCAAUUUGUAUCCUACCAUACUUCAUAAUAUAUAUUUGUAUAUUCAAAUUUCUAUUUUAUAGGCCCAAGAUGUGUCUCUCCACACAUUGCAUUAUCAUUGCCAAGUGCCAACUGUUAGACAUGGAGAGGAAAUGAUUUCUUGUAUUUAAUUUGACUGGAGCUUUUGCCUUCUUGGGGGUUUAUUUUCUCCAGAGUGUAUCAAUUGCUAUACCACAAUAACACAAUAAUAAUGACCUUGAUGUCCAAAGUGUCUUGUCAUGUAGAGUCUUUCACAUAUGCUGUCUCAUGUCACACCCGUGACCACCCCACUGGGCUAUUGCCUACACAUUCUGACAUAUUAGCAGAUGAUCUAUAAUUUGUUAAUUGCUCUAAUAUAUUCCAGAUUGCUCCCCUUGCUAAUAUUUGUAUAGAAUAGCAUUUGUGUAGACUAGCAACCAAUUGAUUUCAGUGCCAAAUAAAUGUAUUAUAUCAAGAUUAUGCAGAAAGUAUCCCAAGGAUGGGUCUUGGCCAUAGACUAAGACCCCUGUGAACAAAGGGGACUUUUGAUUUUUUUCCCAUGACUCCAUUUAGGUGGGGAAAAGAUGAGGUAAAGGGACAACAGGAAGGAAUAGAAGCAGAGAAAUAUAGUUUCUUGUCUCCAUCUUAAGAUUACUUUGUUCUCCAGACACUCAUUGCUUGUCAAAUAUUAGAGGGUUAAAUUACUGAGAGAGGAGCUCAGAGACCAAAGACAUCCUUACCAGUAUUCAGAGGACAAAGCUGGGCUCAAUUCACAGCCUGUUUCAGAGGCUGGAAGUGAUGAUACUUUUCACCUCAGGAGCUCUCUGUAGGUCUCUACCAGUGCUAAGUCCCACCAUUAGCUAUCCUUAAAAAUGGGUCCUCUUGUGCAAAAUCCUCUUUUCUGUUCUCUUCUGCCAUUUCAAUACCUCAGUCCUCACAUCCAUAAAAAUGACCAAGUGCCACUUUCAUUGUUGAAAUUGUUAUUGUUGUUUUUCUUUUGCUGUUUCCUCAUGUGACUUUCAGUUGUAUAUAUGUUAGUUUUUGCAAGCUAAUGAUGGAUAGAA